AAGCUAGCAGUCAAAGACUGAAUCAGCAGCAUGUCGACAGUAUUUGUAGUUACCCUCAUUCUCUUUGGAUUCCUGCAGGUUGUAUACAGUCAGGAGAAUACAACAGCUACGCCCACGGACUACUGCAAGAGUGGUCUGUGCCACAUUCUCAAAAAGCACAUUGCCUGCCGUAACAAAGGAGAGUUAGCACAGCAGUGUCCUCCGGACGCCCAGUUGGUCAAUCUCAGUGGUCUGCAUGAUCUGAUCCUCGAUGAGCACAACGGCUUGCGUAAUGUUCUGGCUGCUGGUAAGGUUCCGAAUCUACCUCAGCCCGAUCGCAUGGCCACACUGCAGUGGCAUACCGAACUGGCGGAUCUGGCCACACUGAACGUCAAGCAGUGCACUCUGCAGCACGAUCCUUGCCACAAUACUCAAGAGUUCCGUAACUCUGGUCAGAAUCUGGCCUUAAUCAACAUAACCAAGCUGGAGAGAGAGGGAAAUCAUACAGAUGAGAGUCUGAUCAAGAUGUCUAUUGGUGGCUGGUGGAAUCAGAGUGCCAAUAUCACCAAGGAACAACUGCAGCGUUUUCCCAACGGAAAACUAGGAGAUUCCUUUCGCAAUUUCGCCAUUAUGGCCCGCGACAGCAACACAUUUGUGGGCUGUGCAGCCUUGAGGUUCGAUAAGCCCGCUGGAUACCCACAGUUUCUGCUGGCCUGUAAUUAUGCCAGCAAUUAUAUCCCAGAGUGGCCCAUCUACAGGGAGAAAGCCAUUGGUUGCCAGUCCGGUUCGGACUCGAAGUAUCCAUCCCUUUGCAAGGCUGGCGAGAAAUAUCAGGAACCUCCCUCGGAGGCAAGCACUAAGGUGAUGAGCUUUUGGAGGCUGUAGGAGUGCCAAAAAUAACACCUGGCCAAAAGGGUUGGAGUGGGCGGCGGUGGUGCACUCACAGUCUAUUUAACAUGUUGAUUUGUGUCACAGUGCGUGGCGGUCAUAUAUCAUCUCACAGCCGCAUUAGCAUUAGCACAGACACCUGAAGGAGCAGUGAUGUCGUUACUUGGAAGUCUAACCAGAAAAUGUCUAGAAAAUAUACGAGCUUAAAAGAUAUUUUCUUAUUAUUUUAACAAAUAUAUCAAAAGAGGAUCUUUAUAGGGAUAUAUUAUUAGAUUAAAUAGAUUAGAAAAGAUUGUUGUUAAGUAAAUUCCUGCCUUAAUAUAAGAAUGGCAUUCUUAGACAGCCAGAAAAUAAGCUAUAAAAUCUCUGAAACUACAUCCCUGGCACUCACACACAUUCUGGCCCUAUUGCGCCUCCCCCAAAAUCAUCAUCAUCAUCCUCAUCAGCAGCCAAAAUAUGAUACGCGUUGUUUGGGUAUGAAGAAAAAGAGAAAAAAAAAGCCAACGAGACGACGAC